AUGUCUUUGAAAGCAGUGCAAGCCGAGCUUGUGGCAUGUCGAGAGUGCAAAGCAGUGUUCACAGUUGAUGCUGUGGCUUUGAAAAGCCUCCUCCAUCCAGGGGAGUGGCACUGUGGAAAGUGCUUGCAAGGGAAGGUGCGCUGCUUUUCCUGUGGCGACCUCGCCCCCACGCGAUCCACCGUCCAGUGCAGCCACAAAAACUGCACCAACUCUUUCCACCCUAGUUGCGCUGAUCUACUCCCAAAACCCUCCCCCCACGAGCCCCUCACGAAAGGCCACACGCCCCCCCCUUUUGUGUGCCCCCACCAUUUCUGUGCGGAGUGCAAGGGGACCAAAAGCCUUCUACUCUGCUCUGGAUGCCCUGUGGCUUAUCACGCGCGGUGUUACCCUGGGGGAAAACUGGAGAAGAGUGGGUCCAGCAAUUGGGUGAAGUGUUUCCGGCAUGACGAGGACUGGAAAGUUGAGAACCUGACUGCCCCCCCAAGCACUGGCGUAAGGGACGCCUUUGAGCGACUACCGCUUCCCCCCAAGAAAAUCGACUUCCGAGUCCCCCGGCAACUGCAAGAAGCGGUAAAAAAACUGGCGGAGCAGCCCCCGCUCUACCAGCACAUAAAGCGGAACGUGUGGGUGAUUCCCAAGCCGAAGAGCAAGGGUCGGGAGGACGAGAGCAUCGAGCGCUGCGACUGCAAAGCGGGGGCCGCUGCAGACGCAUGCGCGAAGGACUGCCUUUGUAGCUUGUUGUUCAUCACCUGCUCCAAGGAGUGCGGCUGCUCCCAAGGCUGCCAGAACGUAGCCUUCCAGAAGCGCGUGGUGCCAAAGUUGAACCUUGUCAAGACGGAGGCGUGUGGGUGGGGCAUCGAAGCGGGGCAGGACAUUCCGGCCGGCACCUUCUUGGUGGAGUACACGGGGGAAGUGAUUGACGACAAGCUGUGCGAGGAGCGACUGUGGCGCAAGAAGGAGGCGGGCGAGACCAACUUCUACAUGGUCGAGGUCACCCGCAACAUGGUCGUUGAUGCCGCGGAGAAGGGCAACUACGCACGCUUUGUAAACCAUUCGUGCGAGCCCAACUGCGAGCUGCAGAAGUGGCAAAUAGAUGGGGAGACGCGGAUUGGCAUCUUUACCACGCAAGACGUGAAACAGGGGACUCCAUUGGCGUACGACUACCAGUUUGUCCAGUUUGGAGCGGACACGGAGUGCCGGUGCGGUUCCGCGCGCUGCCGGGGUCGCCUCGGAAAGACCGCGCCGUCCGAGGACGGACUGAAUAAAGCGAACGGGGGCCGGCUGGUCCAGAAAAAGAUCAACGAGAUGUUCCCGCAAAGCAAGGAAGGGGCUAAACGAAGGCUCAGUGCGAAAGUGUUGCGAAAACGUGCGGAGCAGCUCAAGGCGGCCGAGGACCUGGUGGGCAAACGCGUGGAGGUCUGGUGGCCGUUGGAUCAGAUGUACUAUGGCGGUGAGGUCGUUGCCUACGACGCCGAGCGAAGGCUGCACCGGGUGCACUACGACGAUUCGGAGGUGGAGUGGGUGGACCUCGUCAAAGAGCGCCACAGCAUCGUCAAACCUGCCAUGGCGCCCGUGCUGCCGUCCCUCUCCACUCCUAGCUCAGCACCUAGUUUGGGUCCUGCUCCCUCUAGCACGGUCCCCCCAGGGGUGAGCGGCGGUGCCGGAAGGACGCGGCGGUCACGCGGUCAGCAAAUAGUGGGGCAGAGAAUACGGGUAUGGGACGAGGGACAGGGGCGCUACCGGACGGGUACCGUGGAGCUGUGCAAUGCAACGCAGCUGACGCACACAAUUGUGUACGACUGCGGCAUGCGCGUACAGCUAGACCUGUCGCGGCACCGCUGGCAGUUGGAGACCACGUACCACAUGCCGUCGGAAUUCUGUACGCCGGACCCAACGGAAAAGGCAGAAGGCGAGGCUCUCGUGGGCCGCAGGAUAGCGCUCUGGUGGACUGUCGGGAAGCAGCAAUGGCACGAAGGGGUGGUCGAAUGCUACUAUCCAGGGGAGAAGAUGCACCUGAUCCGGUACGAUUCCGGUAUCACGGAGGACAUCUCGCUGGAGGAGCAAGAGUGGCGCUUGCUCGAGCAGGACACUGACGGGCUCGAGCCGGACUGCGACGACGGGUCGUUGUGCAUUGACGACAAGCUCAGCCAAACAACUGUGGAUGUCUCCAAGAUUAGCGAAGUGUACCAUUCGCCGAAGAAGCGACGGCAAGCUGCAGUCGCUUAGCUCAUCAGAGGCGGGGCCUAGAUCGGACAACAACAACUCUCUUCACUGAAAGAAGUGCAGAGUUGACGUUACUAGCUCACUUGACAGUAGCAUGAGGAGGUUGCAAGACCAUAGGAGGGUUGCAAGACCUCGUGUAUGCCUCUAACUAUCCGAUUGCCCAAUCAGCAACUGACAAAGCAGGGGGCUACCUACUUUGGCAGACAGAGAUAUGCAAGCAAUCGGUUGGAUAUCCUGACGUACGGCUUUCAAGGCUGCAGCCUCUUUCCGUACACUGAGAGAAAUGACAUACAAAGGGCACAAACAUGCCCAAGUCGAGCAAUCGAAAGUUGUUACCUUCCAUGACGAUUGUGAUGGAAGCGCGCGAUUUGGCAAUCAUGACAUGGGCU